AUGCAGAGUGGCGGCUAUGAAGUGGAACUGUUUGUGGAGCCUCCAGACCAUGAUCUAAUCUGUAUCAUAUGUAGAGGGGUUUUACGCUGCCCUGUCCGCGUGGCCUGCAACCACAUCUUCUGCAAGAAGUGCAUUUUACAGUGGAUGAGAAGACAGGAAACAUGUCCAUGCUGCAGGAAGCCUGUAAGCCAGAGCCUCAUGUUUGUAAUGUUCAAGCUGAGUAAAUCCAUUGGUCGUUUACCCAUCAAGUGCCGAAAUGAACAGCAGGGCUGCAAGGCCACCUUCCCACUCUCGGAUGAAUAUCUUCACACCUCCAUAUGUCCAUUUGAGUGGUUGCUGUGCCCACACCAGGGCUGUGGAGUUCGGGUGCUGCGUAAGGAUGCCCAGGCACAUUUCCAGACCUGCAUUCACUGGAGAGAACUGUGCCCAAUGGGAUGUGGCACACUGCUGAGCCGUGCCACCCAGGCCAAGCACAACUGCUACCAGGAACUCAAGCAGCUCUAUGAAGCCCGGCGACAGACACAGCACAGCAUCGCAGUCUCACUGCGCAGGAAGAUGCUGCACAUGCAGAGGAGCAUGGCUCACAUGACCAGGCAGAUUGCUCUGAUCUGUGAAAGCAUGGGGCUCGACGAGGGCCUGGAGGAAGAGGAAAGCCCUGGCGAGGGAACCAGUACUGGCAGCAGCUCCAGAGCCGACCACAGCUCCACCACCCGUACCAGCUCCAGCAGCUCUGGGAGUAGCACCUCCUGA